GACUCUGAUUCGCAUCAAAACGAAACAACAGGCCACGCCUACUUGAAUCAAAUUGAAUCAAUUUCCUCGUUCUAUUGCCGCAUUAAGUCUCAAACAACUAACCAUAUUUCAUUUGUCUCACUCACUCUAUAUAUAUAGUUAGUUUUGACAUUACCUCCUUCAAUUCACACAUCAAAUUAAAACCCUCUCAUCUGCUCCAUCACAAAACAAAGAACCUUGUAAUAAUAAUUCCUCUAUUAUGGCUUCGAUUGUUCUUCUGGUUUCAGAACUUGUUAGGAAUCAUGAUUGGGAUGCUGAAUCUCUAAUAGCAGCAUAUCCUCCUCCCUCAUUGUCUUCAUCUUCUUCGUCAUGUGCUGCAGCUAUGAGAAACAGCAGUAACAACAACAGCCAUAGAACUCAAGCGAACACGCUUAUCGUGGAGAAUCCAGUGGAGUCACGGGUCUCUGUCGAUUUCGUUUGGCCUUGAAAUUAUUAAUGGAUCGUCUUCCCUCUUCAUCUUUCAGUAUGGUGUAUUUUUUUCUUUUUUCUCCGAAUUGUCGGGAAAUUUGAUGAUUACGUUGCACGAUAAUGUACAUAUUAGUGUGAAGUAUCAUGUUUAUUUGCAUCAAA